AUGAGUAUUUGUAAGGAAAACUCAAAUGACAUGACUGAGCAGACAUGUGAAUCACGUGAGAUUGAAUCAAUCUUUUCAUUAAUUAGUAAAUCUAAUGAAGUUCCCAGACAAUGCAUAAUUAUGCUCCGAAAGUCAUUAGGUUGGAGGAAUUACGAUGAAUUUUAUCUCGAUAAAAAUGAAAACCUCCAGCAAUUUGAACAACCACAAAGAGUAACUGUCCAUUCUAACGAUAGUAAGAAUAAUAAUAAUCCUGUUGAAACACAAAAACAAGUCUUUCGAGAUGAAGAAAACAAGAACCUGCAAGAUUUGAUUAAGACGAAGCCUUUAAAGCAUAUUGUGAUGAUGCCGUCUAUCCGUCCCAAAGACGUUGAAACGAGAGUAUUCUCAACCAAACAUGAAAACUUUGUUGAGACAACAACAGUCCCUGCUAACAACUUCGUUCCUGGAUUACGAAAGUUCAGCAUGAAAAAUGCAGCAAAUACGAUUGCAUUGACUGACAAAUCAAGGAAUUGCUGUGAAUGGGCUUUGAAUGGCCUCUGUGAUCAAAAUUGGAAGAAAGUUAGAGAAAUGUGUCCAGUCAGUUGUGGAAAGCUCAGCUGCGAAGUUAUCGAAGGAAUCAUGACAUGCUCAAGAACAAUCAACAUUAACGUUGAAGACUGCCUAGGAUCUGUUGAAAGCAAUGCCGAUGUAACCGGACCCAUACUAGAAGACAGCAUAACUGUUAAUCAAAUUGAUGAUAAUGACAACACUCCCGAUCUCUCUGAGAGAACUUAUGGAAAAUUCAUAUUUUUUUAA